GUGUAGAAAUUUUAGGGCAGAAAAUGAGAUCGGUCAAUAAUCAAUGAAUUUGAGUAGAUAGAGAUUGGUCCUGGAAAAUGAAGGUGGACAAAUAAAACACUAUUGGGUCGGUUUGAUUUUGUUUGGAGUUAAGGGUUCUAUUGUUGCUUGGAAAAGGUAUAACUUGUCAUGAUAAUCAUGCAACAAUUGGCUUGUAUGUUGAUUGUUGGUUCAUUUGGCUCGAGAGAAACAACAUGAAGUUUCGAGAUAGAAUUUUAGAUAGAGCGUCGAUGAUGUAUAAUAUGAUGAUGUAUAAUAUCUUUGCUUAGGCAGGAGAGUUAUGCUCGAUGAAGGAAACAUGGUCUCUACCAAGGAGAUGAUACGGUCUGGUAUUGUAGAUUUUUGCACAAUCACUUGUGCAUAGUUUGUUUCGUAUAAUCAUCAUCUUUUGUAAGAGGAUUGAUAGCUUUUGUUGGUUGAGUUUUGUGACAUGAUGCUUCUUUUUAGCCCAUUUGUGUACUUUCAUAUUUUUGUUUGAUCAUUCUAUUCAGUAGUAGAUGGUUCUUUAUUUCUCGGUGAAUAUAUAAAAUUGGUUCAUUCAUAAAAAAGAGGUCGUUAAUCUGCUAUUAUGGUACCAUUAAACUACAAAUUCAUUAACAUUUUGUUGAUCACUUGUGAUUCUCAUCAUAUCAAUCACCAAACAAGCUUCACAACUUGGGAACAUCAAAAGAUAUUUAUUCCCAUCACCAAUUAAUGUAGCAAUAGAGAAAAAGAAAUAAAAAACCUUGUUAGUCACCAAAAAACCACAGACGGCCCAUUGUAUUAUAAUAAUAUGCUGUUACAAAGAAGUAGCCAAACUGCAAUCUGUGCCCUAGAUUUUGCUGACAAUUCUGGAAUUCAAAAUUGAUUGCUGGCCUUGUUCCUUUUGUUUUUAUUCCAUAGCUCAAUUAUCCAAUGAUUACGACCUUAUCCCUAAACUAGCUAGCAAUUGGAUCAUUAUAUUAUUAACCCACAUUAUGCAUGACCAAUAAUGAACAACUCAAUUUUUAUAUAUAGUAACUCAUCUUCCCGAUUUCAUUCAGAUUCGUACAGGACUUGACCAAUAUUGCACAUCAAAUUUGACGUCUCAAUCGUUCUAAUUAUAUGUAACUAACAACGAGUCAUGGGUAGACGUUGAUCGAUAUAAAGAAAUGAGUUCUAAUUCAUAACGUAAGGUUUUCCUACUUCUAGAAUUGGCCUUUUUAUUGCUCUCUAUGAUGUAUACUUGAAUAAUAUCUGCAAGAGAUCUGUCAAUGAUGAAUUAAUUUAACAUUAAUCAAACCUAAAUGAGGAAUUCAAGUUUAUAGAGGUUGCUCUCUCUCUCUUCAUCGAGGGGAAGAGAUGCCCAAUUAAUAGCUAGCCUAGUCUUGUUAGUAAGCGAGAUAAGAUCCAUUAUUGAAUCUCUUUUACUGAAGGUAGCAAAGACUCGAGUUAUUGAGAUCAAAUGGUUCUUGACAUGGUAUCAGAGCCUUAUUUGACCGAAAGGACUUGUGUUCGAAUCUCGAGGACCCCAUUUGUGAAGCACAUGAUAUUCUCGUAUUCAGGCCAUGUGCAAGUGAAAUUCCUUAUGAGUUGACUGGUUUUCGUUUGAGGGGGUGUGUUAGUAAGUGGGAUAAGAAUAAUUAUUGAACCUCUCUCAACAACUCGAGUUAUUGGUAUCAACUGGUUCUUGACAAGCCUAAGCAUGAAAACUCGGUUCGGAGCCACGAGGGGGUGUUUAUGAGACAUAAAUAGAAAAAAAAGAACAUGAACACUGAAUUUUUCGUGGUUUCGUUGAAUAUCAAGACUAGCACACUGAAGAAACAGAGUUCUCCAAUUGAUUCUUACACAUACGGUUUGGUAUAAAUGCAUUUCAUAAGUUUUGAGAAAUUUAUUUUGAAACGAAAUGUUUUGUGUUUGGUAUUAAAAAGAAUUAAUCUUCAAUUCUAAAUUUUGAAUUCUAUGGAAUUGGAACUAGUUAUAGCAAUUCUGAGGAAUUGAGAUUGAAUUUCCAAAUGAAUUCCACAAGUAUUUACUAAUUAUAAUAGAAUGUCAUAAUUACCUUCUUUUAUUAACUAAAUUACUUAUACAUAUGACAUACCAAACAUAAUAAUUCAUUUGACAAUGAAUUCUACACGACACUUCAUUUUAUUUCUAAAGAUUUGAAUAUAACAUACCAAACAUAGGAUUUCAUUUGACAAUGAAUUCUCGACUCAUUUGGUACCAAACGGUCUGUUAUUCAGCUUAGAUACUUACAUAGCGUUUGGUAUAUAUGAAUUCCAUAAAUUUUACGGAAUUCGUUUUGAAAUGAAAUUUUUUUUGUGUUUGGUAUUUAAAAGAAUUCAUUUUUAAUUCUAAAUUUUGAAUUCUAUGGAGAAGAAUCGCUAACCGAAAAUUUUGAAAUCCAUAAAAAUCGCGAAGAGACAGAGAGAGAAGAAUCGCGAAGAGAUGAAGUGGGUCCGUGCAUUGCGGGUGAGAGGUGGGAUUUGGGAAAGAGGGAUUUUUAUUUUUUGUUUCGUUCGAUUUUAUUCUAAACGGUAGCGUUUUUUUGGAGAAAACAGUUACAUUCGGUUUUUGUUGAAACCGGAUCGGACAGGAUUCCAUCUAGUCCGGUCACGGUCAAAACCGGGUACUCACCCAAUCCCGUCUUCGGUUGUGAUAUUGGUCAAAACGGUUUUAAAAACCCGGGUUAAUCUGGUCCAAUUUAACCGGACCGGACCGUUUCCCACCCCUACCAAACGGUAUGUUAGGUUAUAAUCGGUAUACAUAUAUAUACUUCAUGAAACCCUAGCUAUGGCUUAGCCUAGCACUUUACGUAUAAAGAGUAAAAAUACAUAAAGGUACCUAAACUAAAUACAAGCGUAAAUCUAGCACCCACCCUCAAAUUCGAUACUUGCGCAACAUCAAUUUGUUUGUCAAAAAUCAAUGACGACUUGUGCCUACGGCCUUUUUCAACAUAUUUGCAGUUUGAUCCUGUGUUGAUAGGUAGCUAAGUAGCAUUCAAUUGGCUUUAAAAGAGUGACAUGAGGACGUAAAAGGAAAGAGAGAGAGAUCAGGUUUUUAAAUCUUUUGACAUAGCGGGCCCCCAACCCAAAUUAAUUACAAUAAGUAUGUAUUGGGUUGUAGGAGUUUCUUACUCCAAUUUAUUUUGGGUUAGUUACCAACAACAUUGUGGUGGUAAACAACGCCACAAGUUCAGCAAUGUGGCAAGUUCGACAAUAUCGUGGAGGUAAGCAACGAGGUUGUUUACCUAAAAUAAUAUCGUGAGAUAAACAACACAAUUUAUCCAUAUCACAAGAUCAACGGUAUCGCGAGUGCAACCAUGCCGCAAGAUUCCUUGGCCACCAUUUUGAUGGGUUAGCCACAAGGUUGUUCCUGUAAUGUGUUUUGUAAGAGAAUAACAUCGAUCCUAUUUCAAUGAUGCAAUUGUGUUCACGUCAGUUGCACUCGAAGGACGGUGAUGCGUGGGUUCAUAGCAGUUGUAGCAUGACAAGUUUCCAAGCUCCAACGAAGAGUGGAAAAAGGUGGACAACUCUCCUUCCAUGAAGGAUUAUCCAUAGGUGUAGUUGUAGUCUUAGUCACGGAGCUCUCUAGAGGAAUCUUCAUUGGAUUAGUUCUAAGUUAAAGUAGAUUCCCAAAACUAAAAAAUCCUUGUUAGAAGAGGUGUGGACCGUACCAACAUUGCAUUGCUCUCCAUAAGUCAGAGGUGCAUCCAGUCAAAUCAAUAUUUUUGAAGGUUCCACUACGAAACAUAUAGGUAUGUACAUAUAUCACUCGGGAGACCGACUGGCCACAUAAGCUGAACCAUGACACAUAUAUCAUUAGAGAUGACAAUUUCGUCAUGACCCAUUUUACUCGAUCUAUUUGACCUGUUCUAGAGCAAGUAAUACUCGCCCUGUAGGUGAGGCGACUUGGUGCGGGCAUGGUUACUUCGCUCGACAUCACCCGCCCUAACCACUCCAUUCUUGACUCAUUUUUUCUAAAUUAUAUGUAAUUUUACUCAAAAUAUUUAUAAUUUUACUUUCUUUACAUCAUAUUUUAGCUACAAUAAAGUUAUAAAUAGACGAGAACCUCAAUUUCGUGAAUAAUUUAACUACAAUGGUAGUGUCAUAGUAUGCUUCUCUAUUUUUUUAAUGAAGAACCAACAUCCCCGCGACUCGUGCCUCAUGACAAAAUAGCCGAUGAUCUAGACCCAGGGGCGGAUACAUGAGGGUUUAGGGGUGUCCCGGGACAUCCCUAAAAUUUGGGAAUACGAUUAUUCAACUCCCGGUAAUAGUUUUGUAUGGAUAAAAAAAAUUAUAAUUAGUGAUUCGGGACACCCUUACAACGAUAAUCCUAUCCUCAGUAGUAGUUUGCGUAUACUUAAAAAAAAUAAGCGAUAAUCUGUGUUAUUCAAAUUUAGGAUAUACUAUAUUAUUUAAACAUUGUCCUCCAUUAAGUUGCAACUCAUUUGUUGUUCUAUUUUAAACACUACAUCAUAGUAAAAUGUUAUUCCUUAUCCCCAACUAUUUCCAAAACCUAACAAUUAAACAAAUUACGGGCUACCCUUAAUUUGAAUUGAUUUUAUGGUUACACAACAAGUGUUGAAAGAGUCUUUUCAACUUUGAGUUACAUCAAUAACAAGGUUAGAAAUCCAUAUGCGAUCAGUUCGUGAACUACUGUCUAGUAGGAUAUACAUAUUUGUUGAGCAAUUUACCAAGCCUAUUUGUUAUUCUUUUUCAGAAAAUAAAAACAUGUUGAAGCCUUAUGUUAAAAUUUGUACUAGUCCGAUAUUUUUCAAUUUAUUUCCAAUCCUAGCAGGAAAAGGAGGGAAACAGAUACUCAAUUUAAAGUGAGUAAACAGAAUUCCAUACUCGAUCUUAUAGAUACAUAUACAAUUAUGUGGAAAGCCGUAUUCGACGAAAGUCGUAUGUACGGCUUGGAGGGAGGUCUUUCAUAUCUUUCGAGAUCCACCCUACAAUAUGGGGUCAAAAAGCCAAAAUAAAUUAUUUUAUUAGCCCCUAGGCUUUUGGUGGUCUUAUUGGCGCAUACCACGGUGGGGCCUUCGACUGGGGUGAAUUCCCGGGAAAGUGAGAUCACCACCGGCUAAAUGCAGCCGUUCUCAUUACCUGAAAUGGCUUCCUAAAGGAUUGAACUCCCCGGAGCUUUCUUACCAUGCAUUUGAAAGCCUCGCAUGAAAAUGGCUCCUUCGUUAGUGAGAUUAUAUGAACAAAUGCCUGAACCAAAAUAUGUUAUUGAGGAUUAGCCGCUUCAAUGAGAUCUUUUAUCCUGGCCGGGGAAAAAAUUACCAAACAUUUAGCAUUCCCUCACGCUUGGCACCAAUGAGUUUUUUUAUUUGUAUUUGAAAGAAAAAGAGAGAAAGUGAGCUCCUUCUCUUUUCAACCCGCGCACCCGCGGGGGCUUGGUUAAGUACUCAAGAAGAGAUUAGCCAUUCUGUGUCGAAGAUCGAUUAUUUAUUUUAUAUAUAUAUAUAUAUAUAUAUAUAUAUAUAUCGAAUUACUCACCCCCACCUGCCCCAUUGUCGCUCCUACUUAAAAUUGCUCCUGGAAAUCUUACUUUAUUGUGAUUGUGAGCCGACGAGCUAUAUAGCUAGCUCUUGCUGAUCAUGCUUAGAACAAAAGUUAAUCAAUGUUAAGUUAUGUUAUUAGCGGAAAAGGGCUGGGUUUUGCUUUGUUUAUUUUCGUGGCCCAUUCAUUGUAUUACGUUAUGUUAGUAAUUAUAGUCUGGGCCAUUAUCCAUGCAAGCCCAUGCACGGUUAGGAGGUGAUCUGUGGAAACCUAACCUUCGUGUAUAUAGUGUGAGAGUGCCGCCACUUCUCUGUACAACAACAACGACAAUCUGAUAGUGAUCCCGAGUGCUUGAAGAGCCAGUUCUCUUCCGUGGAUUAGUCCUGGGAUUUCCAGGGAUACCACGUUAAAUUUGUGUGCCGUUUUCUGUUUCUGCGAUUCCGAUACUGCUUUCCGGUUUAUCAACAUGGUAUUAGAGGCCAUCGAAUCUGAGCGAUCUCUUGUACGUCUCACAUCAACGAAUUAUGCCCUAUGGGAAUUCCAAUUCCGAGUCUUUGUUGAAGGCAAGGGAUUGCUUGGUAUAUUGCUCGGAACGAGUCCAAAGCCUACCGAAGGAGCUGCCUCAGUCCAAGAGAUUGCAACUUGGAGUCAGAACGAUGCUAGAGUCAGAUCACUGCUGCUGGGAUCUAUUGAUGCUUCCACCUGUCUAAGUCUGCGUUUGUUUCCCACCGCGAAUCGCAUGUGGCGUCAUCUCUCCGAUCUCUACUCCACCGUGAAUGCUUCCCACCAGUUUGAAAUCCAAUGUGCUUUGGCUCGUUUGGAACAAGGGGAUAAGAGCGUCACAGAAUACUUCAAUGCAGCGCAAGAGAUCUGGACAGAGCAAGAUCUUCUGUCGGCUGUCUUGCGACCUCAUGUUGCUGAGUCUUCUGAUGCUAUAGACGAACGCCAACAAGUUUGAAUCCUCCAGUUCUUGAUGCGAUUUCGUCCCAAAUUCGAGACCGUGCGCUCAACCUUGCUAAACCGUGAGAACCUGAGUUUUGAUGGGGUGCUGGGACUUCUGGUACGUGAAGAAACACGUCUUCGAACUCAAGCACAACUUGAUAUUCGUCCAGGAGAGGGAGAAGCUAUUAUCGCUGUUGCUGCUACUAUUGGCGGGAUCCAAAACAGCUCUCGUUCAUCGGCCUAUGCUAUAGUUCGCCCUCAGUUUCAGCAAAGGGUUCCUGCUUCCACACUAAAGUGUCAUCAUUGUCACGAGAGGGGUCAUCUCGUAAAACAUUGCCGCCAACGCAAUUAUUGCCUAUACUGUAAGCUGAUGGGGCAUAUAGUCUUAGAAUGCCGAUCGAGAGAGCGAAAUGCUCAAAGGAAUGGUGGUCCUUAUGCCGAACCCACUGCUGCUGGCGAACGUCCCUUUUAUGGCCCUGGAAAUAGAUCAAAUGGAGGGGGAAUGUAUCCCGUUGGGCGUGAUUUUACUGGCCCAAGGAGUGGAGUUCGCGGUGCUUAUGCAGCAGAAGCUAGUAGCAGCUUUACUCUCACCGCAACUGCUGUUGAAGAUCUUGUGAAUGCGGCCCUUCAAAAAUCUCUUCCCACGGCAAUUAAUGCUGCCUUUGCAACCAUGCCUGGAUCAGGUAAUAAACUCCCCAAACCUUGGCUAAUUGACUCCGCCUGUUUUAAUCAUAUGAGACGUAGUGCAAAUGAUUUGAACAAGAUUCGGUCGGUUCAGAAUAUGUCCCUUACGGUAGCUAGCGGAGACAAACUUGCAGUUCAGGCUAUAGGGAAUAUCAACAGCAAAUUAAUUAACUUACCUGAGACAUUGUAUGUUCCCAAGCUUGUUCCCAACUUAGUUUAUGUUGGUCAGCUUACUGAGCAAGGAUGUUCUGUCAUGUUUGCCCCGACGGGAUGUGUUAUACAGGAUUUGAAGACGGGAGGCUGAUCGGAAGGGGGAUCAGGGGGAGUAAGCACGACAGGAUCUUUCAUCUGGAGGAGCUCGGAGACACCUCUAGUUCUUCUCGUCAAAAACAAAUUUCCCAGUUUUCCAGUAAUUCUUGUUCGUUACAGUCUAAGUCAGUGUUUUCAAGUCUUUCUAAUAACCAGUGGGAUCUCUGGCAUGCUCGUUUGGGGCAUCCCCACUCUAGUCAUCUAUCUUUGAUGUUUAAACAGUCUCUCCUCGAAAAACAUUAUGUUGAUUUAUCUGCUAAACACUCUUGCACUAGUUGUGUAUAAGCCAAAACUGUCAGUUCAUCUUUUCUUUCUAGUGCUACUGUUAUUACUGAGCCUUUCCAUAUCGUUCACACUGAUCUAUGGGGUCCUAUUCCUGUCACGUCUCGCCAUGGGUAUAAAUAUUUUGCUUUGUUUAUCGAUCAUGCCACUCGGUUUACUUGGAUUUAUUUUCUUCGUCUUAAAUCUGAUCUUAGGGAGGUGGCCAUCGAAUUUUUAAAUAUGAUCCAUACUCGAUUCGGUCGUACUGUUAGGAUAAUCCGGUCCGAUCCUGGUGGAGAAUUUAGUUCCUUUCCUCUUGUGAUGUUUAUCGUUCUCGUGGCAUUCUAAGUCAAAAAUCCUGUCCUGGUGUCUCCCAACAAAAUGGUCUAGUGGAAAGAAAGAAUAGGCAUGUCA